GUUGGCUUCUACCGACAGAAUCCAACAUGGAGUAACCAGAGAUGGGGCUCGUACGGGGCCAUCCUCACCGACAUCAACGCACGAUUUCAAUUACCGCAUUUCAGCAUGGGGCGCGACGGGAUUAAAUCGGUGGAGGUAUUCCAAAGGGAUUUACACUCUCGUGGAUGCACUCGAAUAAUUGCAGUGAAGCGCUGAGAGACGAAGAAGAGAAGCAAGAAAUAACGCAAACAGUAAAAAAAACACUCGGAAAACUAGGCUGCUACUGUUACGGGUGUGUGAUCGAGGUGUUGGACGAGAAGGGCAAGACAAAAUGAAGACACCACACAAUGUACCCUCGGGUGGGAUAUUAUUGUAGGUGAAACGAAAAAAAAUGACCGAGGAAACACACCCAGACGAUGACAGCUACAUUGUGCGUGUCAAAGCGGUGGUCAUGACCCGGGACGACUCGAGUGGCGGUUGGCUGGCCCAGGACGGUGGGUGCCUCAGCCGUGUGGGAGUGUGCAAGGUGCUGUCGGCCGAGCUGCUGGGCCGAAGCAGCUUCCUCAUCCACGGCGAGCGCCUCAAAGACAAACAGGUGAUUCUGGAAUGCUUCCUGAAGAAGGAUCUGGUGUACACCAAGGCCACGCCCACAUUUCACCACUGGAAAGUGGACAACAAGAAGUGUGGCUUGACGUUCCAGAGCCCGGCCGACGCACGUGCCUUCGACCGUGGGGUCAGGAAAGCCAUGGAGGAUCUGACGGAAGGAUCUACCACCUCUUCUUCGACCAUCCAGAACGAGGCAGAGUUGGGUGAUGACGAUGUUUUCACUAAUGCCACCGACAGCUCGUCCAACUCCUCCCACUCCCAGACGAAGGAGCCCCUGCAGCUGCAGACCCUGGCCCCGCCCAGCUUCUGCGAGCCGCGCCGCCACCACUGCAUCCUGGGCCACUUCUACGACCAGCACCGACCCUCGGACCACUACUUCCUGGAUCAGGUGGGUGGCUGGGGGACGACAGUGGCGAAGUCAGUUCCCAUGUUCCCACGCCACGUCAGCUUCCAGGUGGAGGAGGAGGAGAUCGUGCGCAUCAACCCUCGCGAGCGGACCUGGCUGACUGGGUACGAGGACUAUCGGCACGCCACCGCCACGCGCGACAAGCUCAUCCAGCACCCCGAGGACGCCUACGUGCACUUCGCCAAGAGCGAGCCGCCUAAGCACGACUACACCUACCCUUACCCCCUGGGCCUUGAUCCCCACCAGCAUGUAAGGGACCCCAAGAUAGGCUGCGUGGACCGACUUGGUGGGGGCGGACUUAUCGGGGGACACAGGGCGGUGGUCACAGCCCAGCCCCGCACUCUCCAGCUCAAGGGCAAGCGGCGGAAGGAGGACGGCGAGCGCUCGCGCUGCGUCUACUGCCGGGACAUGUUCAACCACGAGGAGAACAGGCGCGGGCGGUGCCAGGAGGCGCCGGACCCAAUCCAGACGUGCAUCCACCGGGUCAGCUUCAUGUGGUGCGCGGACAGCCUGCUCUACCACUGCAUGUCAGACCCGGAGGGUGACUACUCGGACCCGUGCUCGUGCGACACCAGCGAUGAGCGCUUCUGCCUGCGCUGGCUGGCUCUGGUUGGGCUGUCGCUGCUGGCCCCCUGCAUGUGCUGCUAUGCCCCCCUGCGCGCCUGCUACCGCUGCGGGGUGGCCUGCCACUGCUGCGGGGGCAAGCACAAAGCUGUGGGCUGAGUGCCAGGAGGGAGAGUAGAACAGAGACCGGAAGAGUG